GUUCCUAAUGGCGGUAUAGCUGAACGACUGGACAGCAGAAUAUAGAAUCGAAUGCAUGAAAACGUUUAUGUAGCUAGCCUACAGUUUGGGUUAGCCGAGCAAAAAAAAUUGCGAAAAUGGGUCAUUAUACAGUUAACAUAUAAUUCUUGUUGAAAAAAAUUAUGUUGAAAAAAAAAUGGGAGUAUUACAAGUACUGUACGUUGUUAGCUAGCUGCUAUUGAAAACCGUUCCCUUUACUGUACCUUAGCUAGCUAGUCCGCUAACGUCAUAUGUGACAAGUAGUCGCAAGUAAAGAAACUACUAAUUUGCUAGCCAGCGUGGCUUCAGGUUAGGUGUAUCAUUUCAGAUAAAAACUUGUACAGCUAUGUUAGUGAAUUAACUACCACAACUAUUCCUGAAGGAUUCAAGAUGAACAAGAUUCAAGUUCUCAGCACAUAGGUUCCAAUGCUACAUCAUGCCACGAUCAAAAGAAAUUCCAGAACACCUCCGAAAAACCGCUGUUGAUGCAUAUCGGGCUGGAAAGGGUUACAAAGCCAUUUCUAAGGCCCUGGGGCUCCACCGAACCACAGUUAGAGCCAUACUGUCCAAAUGGAGAAAGUUUGGGACAGUUGUGAAUCUGCCCAGGAGUGGCCGGCCUGCCAAAAUCUCUGCAAAAGCAAAGUGUAAAAUCAUCCAGGGAGUCACAAACAACCCUAGAACUACAUCCAGGGAUCUGCAGGCCUGUGCCACCUCUUCUAAGGGCUGCGUUGCCCCCCCCCAGUCCUGUUCUACAGAACCCCAGCCAACAGCAAGUUACCAUGGCGAUCAGGACUACACGUCAGAAAGCCGGGUGGUUGACUACCCCAGGGACCUUGACGACAGCGGUGAAAUCCCGAUGUUUAACAUCGUGGUCAUUGAGAACGAGGAAGAUUUAUUGGACUGGAGUUUCGGCAACACCGCGGGGCAGAGUCCAAUCUCCAGCUGUAGUGAUGAAGAAACAAGAGUACCUGUACAAAAGCCGAAGAAUCACACAGCUAAGACAUUUCACCGCUGUUUGGAGUGUGGGAAAGAGUUUCCACACCCAUCCAAACUACAGAGACAUAUGAGAACACACACGGGAGAAAAACCUUUCCCAUGUUCUGUGUGCGGGAAGCGAUUCAGAGAUACAGGAGCACUUAAAACACAUGAGAGGUUACACACGGGUGAGAAACCUUUCGCAUGCCCAGAAGAGGGUUGUGGGAAGAGGUUUGUUAGCCAAGGAAAGUUAAAACUUCACCAUCAAACACACACAGGAGAGAAACCUUGCCACUGCUCUGUGUGUGGAAAGAGUUUUGCAAGAAUGUGUCACUUGAAGGUCCACCUGAUGACACAUGCUGGAGAGGAGCAGAGACCAAAGAAACCUUUCCAAUGCUCUGAGUGUGACAGGGGCUGUAAAUCUGCCGCAGAGCUCAAGAUGCACCAGAGGAUGCACACCGGUGAAAGACCUUUCCAGUGUGCCACCUGCAAAAAGACCUUUGUUUUCCCAAGCUCUCUGACAAGACAUGAACAAUCCCAUAUUAGUGAAGAGAAUAGUACAGCAAAACCGUACAGCUGCUCAGAAUGUGGAAAGGAAUUCACUCAGCCAUGGACCUUGAAGAUACACGUGCGUCAACACACAGGAGAGAAACCAUACCACUGCUCCCAGUGUGAGAAGAGGUUCUCGUCAUCAUCCCUCCUUAAAAGACACCAGAGAGUUCACACCGGAGAGAAACCAUUUGAGUGUUCUGACUGCGGAAAGUGUUUCUCCUCGUCAGCGAAUAGGUCUAGUCACCGUCGUCGUAUCCACGAUGGGAACGCAGUAGCUACAUCACAGCAGAAGCACGCUACCAAUACGGUUGACCUGAUUCCUGGAGUUAGAGAGGAGACUGGGGUUUUAACAAAUGUCAAAGUGAAAGAAGAAGAGGAGGAGGAUGCUGCUUUUGGCUCACCUCCAGCCCCUCCACAUCAUGGCACUGUCCAACAGCUGGAAAAUCACAGCACACAGUCUCACCUCUGAACUGUGGAUAACAGUUCCCUGACUUAUCUAAAGCACAGAUUUGCAUUAGGACUCAUAAAUGAAACUGUACCCCUGCUCAUAGUGUGGGAAAGGGUUAUGCUAGAAAGAACACUUGAAAGAUCUUGACUGUGAGAUUUGGUCACGAGUCCCAUAUGAUAUUUAGACUUUUUAUUUUUUCCUUUUACAUUUUUAUUUUUGUAAUUUUUUUUUUUACAUACUGCAUUUUUGGGAUCUUCCUUCAUAUGAACAUGUCUUCCGAAGGAAUGGAGAUUGUUUAUGGUCAAUACUUAUUGACCCAUAAUUGUUUUUCUUAAAUCUAUCAAUUCAAAAGGCUUCAGAGAGUAGUUGCUUAGCUAAUGUACUGAUCAAUUGAAUGCUAGUGAUUUGUCUGUAAGUCAGUUAUGCUUCAGAGCUUCAAGUCAGAUAUGCUUAAUUUAAGUCCUGGUAGGAGCUUGGUUUUUAGGUUUGACAAAAUGUAAUUCACAGAGCUCUAUAGACUAGUAACAUUUUGUUUGUCCCCAAAUGCUUUAAAAUGCGUGGAUUCAUAUUUUUCUGAUGGAAUGCAAUCAAUCAGGAAGUCUUAAUAUGUUAAAUGUGAGCAAAGCCUUUUGUAUGUAUUUCUCCAAAUGUAAAAGCACGCAAUCAUAACCUAUUUUUAGUGCAGAAAUAUCAACACUGUCAGAUACAGAGCGUCCUCCAGACUUAUUGCCUGUCCUUGGUGAAGAUGAUAGGUACAUUGAACAUAUGAGAGAAAUGUAACCUUUAAUUUAGAAAACAUUGUUCAAAGAAAAUCAAAAUCCUAAUCAACAAAUAAAAUGAUUCUCUAAACAUGUA